ACUCAGAGAGAUUUGUCUCUCUUCCAAAUCCAUGCUAUAUAUAAGAGGCGCUUUCUGCCUAUAACUUCGAUGAACAACCACUCUUCCCUUCUAAUUCCAUUCCUAUAACCACCUUCAGAUCCAUUUAUUCUCUUUCUUUUUUCCUUUUCUUCCUUUCAUUUCCCGCUGUUUUCUGCGGCAUUUGAAAUUUCCGGGAAAACGUUGAUUUCCCUGAUUCAGGUUUCUGCUAACAGCGUCGCAGUGAUUAAUCUGUGUUAUUUGAAUUCGAUUGGUUGGUUGUGGGACUGCUGGAUAUGGCGGAUGAGUCACAGAAUUGGGUGCUGAUGGUGACAGCUCAGACUCCUACCAACAUUGCUGUCAUCAAGUAUUGGGGAAAGAGGGAUGAAACCCUAAUCUUACCCGUUAAUGAUAGUAUCAGUGUUACUCUUGAUCCGAAUCACCUCUGCACCACCACCACCGUUGCUGUGAGCCCCAGCUUCCAGCAAGAUCGCAUGUGGCUCAAUGGCAAGGAGAUUUCUCUUUCUGGGGGCAGGUUCCAGAGCUGUUUAAGGGAGAUCCGCGCUCGUGCUUGUGAUGUUGAGGAUAAGAAAAAGGGUAUUAAGAUCACAAAGGAGGAUUGGGACAAAUUGCACGUACACAUAGCUUCAUACAACAACUUCCCUACUGCAGCUGGACUGGCAUCAUCCGCCGCGGGUUUUGCCUGUCUUGUUUAUGCCCUUGGGAAGCUAAUGAAUGUCAAAGAAGAUGAAAGCCAGCUAUCUGCUAUCGCAAGGCAAGGAUCGGGUAGUGCUUGUCGCAGCUUGUAUGGGGGAUUUGUGAAGUGGAUAAUGGGAAAAGAGGAGAAAGGAAGUGAUAGUCUUGCAGUUCAACUUGCUGAUGAAAAGCAUUGGGAUGAUCUUGUUAUUGUUAUUGCAGUGGUUAGUUCGCGGCAGAAGGAAACUAGUAGCACCACAGGAAUGCGUGAGAGUGUUGAAACAAGUUUGCUUUUACAACAUAGAGCAAAGGAAGUAGUGCCAAAGCGGAUACUGCAAAUGGAAGAAGCCAUUAGAAAUCGUGAUUUUGCAUCUUUUUCACAACUGACCUGUGCAGAUAGCAACCAGUUUCAUGCAGUCUGCCUGGAUACAAGUCCCCCUAUAUUUUACAUGAACGAUACAUCCCAUAGGAUAAUUAGCAUCAUUGAAAAGUGGAAUCUCUCGGAAGAAGCUCCCCAGGUAGCUUACACAUUUGAUGCGGGGCCAAAUGCUGUUCUAAUUGCACGUAAUAGGAAAGCUGCUGCCCUUUUGAUUCAGAGGCUGCUUUACUACUUCCCUCCAAAUUCAGAUGACCUCAGCAGUUACAUUAUUGGCGACAAGUCAAUUGCCGAAGAUGCUGGGAUCAAGGGAGUACAGGAUGUAGAGGCUUUACCACCUCCUCCAGAAAUUAAGGAUAAUAUUCCAUCACAAAAAUACAAGGGGGAUGUCAGUUACUUCAUAUGUACCAGACCUGGAAGGGGACCUGUUUUGCUUUCUGAUGAAAGUCAAGCUCUUCUCAACGGUGAAAAUGGGCUCCCCAAGUAAGUUUAUGGGAAGUAUUCUCAUAGUUGAUGUAUUCUUCAUCAGGUUAAUUAACAGGCUUUAUUAGCCUGAAGUAUUUUGACCAGAUGACCCUUUCAGGGCAGCCUGUGGUACCCAUGGCAGGAUUAUUUGUUUUUUCCUAGUUCGCAGUUUGUGCUUUUAUGUAUCUGUAAUUCUUGUUUUCAAAUCUAGUUAGGCUAUUUUCUUGGAGAAAAAUAAGUUUCGUUCCUUUUCUGUAUUGAGCAAAGGAACUUCAAUUCACUUGAGCUUGCAAGUUAAAUUUGUCAGCUUUUUAUAUGAACAAUUUCCGU